CCGGCGGCGAGCGCGCCAUGGAGACCGGGUGCUGGUUGCUGGGCGGCGAGUUCGAGGACUCGGUGUUCGAGGAGAGGCGGGAGCGGCGACCUGGACCGCCGGCGUCCUACCGCGCCAAGCGCUGCGAGCCGCAGUGGUUUUAUGAAGAAACAGAGAGCAAUGAUGAUGUUGAAGCUCUAACUUUGAAGAAAUUCAAAGGGGACCUCGCCUACAGACGGCAAGAGUAUCAGAAAGCACUGCAAGAGUAUUCCAGUAUCUCUGAAAAAUUGCCAUCUACGAAUUUUGCCAUGAAAAGGGAUGUCCAGGAAGGCCAGGUUCGGUGUCUGGUUCACCUGGGAAGGCACACAGAAGCAUUGGAGAUUGCUACAAACUUGGAAAAUAAAGCAACUAACACAGACCAUUUAACCACUGUGCUCUACCUCCAGUUGGCUAUUUGCUCAAGUCUGCCGAACUUGGAGAAAACAGUUCUCUGCCUACAGAAACUAAUUUCUUUGCAUCCGUUUGAUCCUUGGAACUGGGGCAAAUUGGCAGAGGCUUACCUGAAUCUGGGGCCAGCUCUGUCAACAUUGUGUGCGUCAUCUCAGAAACAGAACAAUUUCACCUCCAGUGACAAAACUGUCAAAUCCUCCUUUCCACACUCAGGAAAAGACUGUCUUUUGUGUUUUCCUGAAACGUUGCCUGAGAGCUCUGUGUUUUCUAUGGAAGCAAGCAGUAGUAAUAACCAGAAGAAUGAGAAAGCUUUGAAAAAUAUUCAAAACUGCGUGGCAGAGAAGAGAGAAGCAGAGUUGCUAGAGACUCAGAUGAAAGCAUGUGCCUCUUUUAUACGAACCAGGCUCUUGCUUCAGCUCACCCAGCCUCAGCAAACAUCAUUUGCUUUGGAGAGGAACUUAAGGACUCAGCAGGAAAUUGAAGAUAAAAUGAAAGGGUUCAGCUUCAAAGAAGACACUUUGCUGUUGAUAGCUGAGGUGGGUUUAUGUGAACCAAGGCAGCAGAGGUAUUUUUCCUGGCUCCAGUACCGUUUUUUAAAAAAUAGCCGAAUCUCCUCUACUAAGGGACUUUUUCCCUGCUUUACGUGCCUUUUGAUCACUUAAUCCGCGAAAGCGGCCUCUUCGUCAUCUUUCUCCUGCAGGGUGCUAGGGGCGGGGGCUGAUUCAUUUUCCUGUCCGUGCUUGUUAGUACCUGCCUGCUUGCACAUCAUAAAUGCCCAGUUAUUGUUUUUUGAGUGCUGAUUAAACGAAUGAAUGAAUGUUGACAUUUCUUGCAGCAUUUCUGUACAGUUUUCCUUCAUUUGUUCUCAUAACACUCAGAACAGCCUGUGGGGACAGGUGGAGCUGGGAGCGAGGCUCAGACAGGUUGGCACCUGCCCCAAAUUUUAAGCUGCAGAGCUAGACUGGAGCCUGGCCCACUACAAGUCCAUUUUCUUUCUGUUCCACCUUUCUGCUACCUUGAUGGUUGCAGAGAAAUUCAAAUGUCAGGGUUUUUGGGUUUGUUUUUUUUUUAACCUUGAUUAGCUUUUUUUUAAAAGUGAUGUUGAAAUUACUUAAGAUAGCAUUUGGAGAUUAUCUGUGUUUGUAUUUAAGUUAUUCACACUAGUUCCUGUUAGUAUGUGACUGAAACUUGAUAGUUCAGGUACUUUUCCCAUGAAAUAAGUCUAUAUCCAUAUCCAUCCUAACAUCAUUCUUUCAAGAAAUACUUAUUGCUCAUCUAAAUUGCCAGGCUUCUUUCUUCCUUCUCUAAACUAAGCGCCCACUUGGACCCCUUUUCCCUCUUAUGGGACCACAUUCUCCUAUCACUUUUCUCUGAGCCUCUUUCAGCCUUUCCUUUGAGCCCACAGACAUGCGAAGCGGAUAGCCUGUCCCUCUUUAGUUUACUGUGUAGCCUUUCCUUAGUCUUUGUUUUCCUUCAUCUUUCUGGUGUCCAUAGCUGUUGGCCACCCGCUUUUUGUUUACUCUUCCCUUUACUUCCGAGGGACCACAGCAGUCUGAUUUUCUCCUGUAUUCUUAAUAUUCCUCUGCCUCUUGGAACUUCCUAGUUUCCUGUGUCUUAAGUCAUGACAUUCUCUGAGGUUCCACUUAAGUUCUCUGUUCUCUCUGCCAUCUCCCACAGACAUCAUAACCACACUCAUGGCUUCAGUUGUCACCUCUGGGUUGGUAUUACCCUCUAAUCUAUAUCUCUAGUCCCAUCUCUGAAACACUAGUCUCACAUCUCAGACUAGUUACCUCCUAAGUGACUCAUCUGAGAUGAUUGAUGAUCCUGCUGUCACUUCAGGUACAAAGUGUCUAAAAUGGAGCUGCUCAUCAAAACACUUUCCGGUCAGUCUUCUGUCAGUAUCUAGCAGAGAGGAGUUGGAGAGAACCAUCUCUUCAUUCUAGACUUUGUUUUUUUCAUCAGUUCUGUCUGUCAUUCUUUUAUCCAGAGCUGGGACCUCGCUAGCUGGGGGUCAUCUCCUCUCCAGUCUCACCUCUAGCAGGCACCUAGCCGCCCUUCCUUCAGGCCCACCUUCCAUUUCUCUUGCACCACCAGCACCCUCGUCCUUACGACCUCGUGCCCGGCUCACAGUGACCUCCUGGCUCGGCUCUCCUCGCUUCCUUGCUCUCUCCCCUCAGAUCCGUCUGAAACCGUGCUGCUGCUGGGUUUACCUCACAGCAUCGCUUUGAGCAUAUUACCUGCCUGCUCAAAAACUCAGCACGUGUGUCCCCAUCACCUUGGAGGUCAGGUCUCGUUUAGGUGCCUCCACAUGAUAUCCAGGCCCUUCCAGAGAGUAACUCCAAACUUA